AUUUUUUUAAUCUCAGACCUCUCUCCCUCUUUUUUUUUUAUCUUUUUGUUCAUGUUAUUCACACUUCUUCCUUAGACUUCUAGUCAAUACAAUUCUGCCAUUUGGUUUCCCUUACUAGUCUCCAUCAUUACCUCACUUUUUUCCUUUUCAAAUAUCACCUCCUCUUCGGUUUGCACUCAUUCAAAUUUUCUCUAUUAGUUCACCAAACUAGCUGAGAAACGCAUACACCCUUUCAACUAGAGAGAAAGAGAGAGACUCUAGCUAGCUAGAGAUGGCAAGGGAGAUGCAGAAAAACAGCAUGUUUAUAGAACAUGGACCUGAAGCUUUUGACAACGGUGGUAUUAGGAAGAACAUUGACGAUGAUGGCCGAGAGAAAAGAACUGGGACAUGGUUGACUGCAAGUGCCCACAUCAUAACCGCAGUGAUCGGGUCAGGAGUGUUAUCUUUGGCUUGGGCAAUAGCACAGUUGGGUUGGGUGGCUGGACCAGCGGUUCUCAUGGCCUUCUCUUUCAUAACCUAUUUCACUUCCACUCUUCUUGCGGAUUGUUACAGAGCUCCAGACCCUGUCACCGGAAAGAGAAACUACACCUACAUGGAUGUUGUCAGAGCUUAUUUAGGAGGUAGGAAGGUCCAGCUGUGUGGACUGGCUCAGUAUGGGAAUCUUAUUGGCGUCACUAUCGGCUACACUAUCACUGCAUCUAUUAGCAUGGUUGCUGUUAAGAGGUCAAACUGUUUCCACAAAUACGGACACGAUGUGAAGUGCAAGACGUCAAACUACCCUUUCAUGGUCAUCUUUGCUUGCAUCCAAAUCGUGCUCAGCCAAAUACAAAACUUUCACAAGCUCUCAUGGCUCUCAAUCCUUGCAGCCAUAAUGUCUUUUGCUUAUUCUUCCAUAGGCCUCGGCCUCUCCGUGGCAAAAGCUGCUGGUGGAGGACCAGUUCGGACAAGCUUAACGGGUGUCACAGUUGGGGUUGACGUGUCGGGGUCUGAGAAAGUUUGGAGGACCUUCCAAGCAAUCGGUGACAUCGCUUUCGCUUAUGCCUACUCCACCGUCCUCAUCGAGAUACAGGACACACUGAAAUCAAGCCCAGCAGAGAACAAAGUCAUGAAGAGGGCAAGUUUUGUUGGUGUCUCAACCACCACUAUGUUCUAUGUACUAUGCGGGUGCGUUGGUUAUGCAGCAUUUGGAAAUGAAGCACCAGGAAAUUUCCUUACUGGGUUUGGAUUCUAUGAACCAUUUUGGCUCAUCGACUUGGCUAAUGUUUGCAUUGCCAUCCAUCUCAUUGGUGCUUAUCAGGUUUUCUGCCAGCCCAUAUUUGGGUUUGUAGAGAAGUGGUGUGCUAGACAUUGGCCUGACAACAAGUUCAUCACAAGUGAGCAUGCUCUUAAUAUACCAUGUUAUGGUGUGUAUUACAUCAACUCCUUCAGGCUGGUGUGGAGGACAGUAUACGUUAUAGUCACAGCAGUGAUAGCCAUGAUAUUUCCAUUCUUCAAUGACUUCGUGGGUCUGCUUGGGGCAGCAUCUUUUUGGCCAUUAACUGUGUACUUUCCCAUUGAGAUGUACAUUGCACAGUCAAAAUUGCCCAAGUUUUCUUUCACCUGGACUUGGCUAAAGAUAUUGAGCUGGGCUUGCUUGGUUGUCUCAAUUGUUGCUGCCGCUGGAUCUAUUCAAGGCCUGGCCCAAGAUGUCAAAACAUAUAAGCCCUUCAAAACUCAGUAAAUUACGUUCAAGACCUGGUUUCAAUUUCCAAGCACUCUGUAAUAUAUAAGAAUUAGCGGGUAUUCUAGAAUAUCCUUCUUUCAGUUUUCUAUAUCAAACUGCUGUUCAAAGUACUAUUUGUAUCACGAUGAAAAAAAAAAAGCAAGGAAAAAAAAGUUGAAGCCUUUGGUA